UUGAAGACGGGGUGCUGACUCGGCAUAGGCUGCACCGCCCUUGAUCGCAUCCGUGUGGACGUGGCAUGUGUUCUCAAUACUGCCCUAGAGCAGGCAAAGAUGUGACUCUAACACUACGCUCCGUGAGAGCCUGGGACUGUGCCAAUGCUCCACGAUCCCUGAUUUGCCAGCAUGCUCACAACGCAUUGGCUGUGCUUCACUUACUCGUAGGACGCGGAUGAGCUCGCCCCGUUGUCUAAGGGAGCGGAGUACAAGCUAUGGUACGGGAAUCUGUACGCCUUCGAAGCCUCAUCUACUCACGCCACAGGUCCAUCCUCAGAAGAACCCUGUGACGCACAUAACAGGUUGAUGAGAUACCAACGCCUUAGAGACACGCUUGCCACUUCAGCUCUGCUCAACCAAUCUCAUAGUGAGAAAACAUACUCCGUACCACCAUCCCG